GCUCGGAUGGCGGCGGCGGCGACCUCUCCGCCGCCCGGGGCUGCCCUGCCUCCUUUCCAAUUCCGCUCGCGGCUCGAAGGCCCGGAUUGGCGCCGCCUGAGCGCCGUGGAAGUGGACCGCGUGGCGGCCGAAGUGAACGUUGCGGUGCUACAGGAGCACCUGGAGCACGUCACCUUCUGCAACGCCGGCCGCGAACGCUGCCCUCACUGCCAGGCGCCUGCCGACCCGCUGCUGCUGAAGCUCCUGCGCCUGGCCCAGCUCUGCCUCGAGUACCUGCUCCACUCCCAGGAUUACCUCAGCGCCCAACUCCGCGCAGGGCAGGAGUUGCUCCGCGCCGCCGACGCUCACCGCGACCUGCUGGCCAAGGAUGUGGCCCGCGGGGCCCAGCAGAUCCGGCUGCUCAAGGAGGAGUGCAAGCGCCGCAAGAAGAUGAUCGCCACCCAGCAGAUGAUGCUCCAGGCCGGGGCCACCUAUCACCAGUGUCAGUUUUGUGACAAAGCCUUUAUGAACGCUUCUUUCCUGCACAGUCAUUUGCAGCGUCGCCAUUCAGAAGAACCAGUCACUGCAGAUCGGAAGAAAAAAUCACAUACUUAUAAACUGCAGGAGGAGAUCAACGAACUGAAAGAGCAGUUACAACUUACCAGGUCUCAAUUAGAAGCUGAACAACAUGCCCAUGUAGUCAAACUGUCUAAGGAAUAUGAAGAUCGCCGAUCCAAAGAGGAGGAGAUUCGGCACUUAUUUCACAAAUGGAAAGACGAAGAAAAGGAGAAAUUGGCCCGUGAACUUGAGAAGGUGAAAGAGAUGUUUAUGAAGGAAUUUAAAGAAUUAACUGCAAAAAAUUCAGAAUUAGAAAAUCAUUUGCUAGAGGUACAAAAGUCCAACCAACAUCUGAAAUCCAAUUUAGGCACUUUAAAAGAUACCGUUGAAUUAACAGAUGAGAAACAUCGGAUUGCUGUGGAUCAUCAGAAUGUAAUGCAGCUUCUUGAAAAACAGGAAGCUAAGUGGUCUUCUAAGGUACAAACGCUUCAAGAAGAACAUGAAAAUGAAAAGCACCAGAUAGAAAAACUGGCUUCAAAAAAACCAGUAGAAAACUUAAAGUUAUCUGAAGUGAAAACUUCAGCACAAAAUUUUCAACCCAAAUCAAGCCCAUCAUCCAUGCAUGAUUUUGGAAUUGAAGCAGAAAAUCAAUCCGUUCUCCCAGCUGUAAGACUGUUAUCAAAAGAGCGUCCAGAAUCUGCUGUCCAAGAAAUAGAAAAGCAAGUGCCCCCAAAAGGAAAGAAUACAUCUCACGUGAUAAAGACCUUGAAGAGUGAUCCUUCAUUAACAAAAGAGCUGAGAACUGUUUUGGAGCAGACCCUAGCAGAAAAGUUGGAAUCCUUGGGAAUUAAAUCCGGAGUACAUGGCAUCCCAAGUGAUCAUCUGAACAGAGUCUUAAUAUCUGUUGAGACUGCUAGAGAAGAGAGAAGGAAACAAGUGCCUGACAUUCAGCACAUUCGAGAGAAACUUGAACGACAAGUCAGUUUCAGAGUUGCUGAAAAAUCAUCUUGCAGCAGAUUUCUUUCCAACCCUCAUCUUUCUUCAGAAGCUAAACACAGGACAACUCGCUUAGGAACUUCAUUACCAACCGUUUUUCCCAGGCCAGUAAAACGUUCUUCCUUUGCCAAACAUUCACCCAUGCAAAGAACUUUGCCUGCUGAAAACACUUCGACCCCAAAAACCAAGAAGAAUAUGUUGAAGGAUGACGUUUCUAGAAAGCCACCUAGUACGGUAACUUCUCCAUUUAGCUCAGAAGAGGAAGUGGAGGAAAAUGACAUCAGGCACUCCUACAUCUCACCUGAAUUAGCUCUGCAUAAGGCAUCCAAGGACCACAGCAAAGACAAUUUGCCAAGAUUUGCAUAUCGGAGUGAUGUAAACAUCCCUGAAGAUGAAGUAGAUCUUAAGCCAUCCAGAAGCUCUUUACUUCAAAAUGAGAUGGAUGAAAUGGAGAAGUUUCUUUUGAGCCAAAGAAAGGAAAGCAAAGAAAUUGGAGGAAUGAAUGGUGGUUCAUCAUCUAUUCAAGCAUGUGCCCAAGGAGUAAAGUUUACACAUAUUGAAGAUGAGGAUGACUGGGAUUUAUCAUCUCUGGAAGAUGAAAAACCUUUGAAAAAUGAGAAAAAUAAGAAUGUACGUGCUGUUGAAAAGAAUGAUCCAGGUGCUGUGUCAACGACCCAUGAAGGGGGAAAACCAAUAAAGGAUGAAGGACGUCAAGAUUCAGAUAUCUCAAGCUCACCGAAAUGCAGCUUGGUCACUGUUACAGAUUGGAGUGACUCUUCGGAUAUUUGAUUGUGCAAGGAGGUUUAAUCUGAUUUCUGUCCUUUUUUCUUACGGUGCACUAACAAGGAACUUUUCUU